CUGGCAAGGAGGAGGACUCGCGGUCACAGCGUCCUCUCGUUUUGCUGGCGCAGAGCUCCAACUUCGCCGUCCUUCUCCGCUAGAUCGUGACGGUGUCUAUUCCGACAUUCGAAGCUGUGAUCUACUCGAACCACGUCGCGCUCGUUCGCCCAGAAGUCCAUACUGAGAAGACUGGUGCUAUUCAUGUACCCUCUCCGCUAACAUCGUGUUCUGACGAUCCGGCGCCGAUCAGUUCUUCUUGUAUCUACAUACGCAUGUACUUUAGCAGCAUGGUGGCCUCAAACUGGCAGCCCUCACCGCGUGACCAGGAAAAGGAACACGCACUGUGUGCUGGGGCUCCACAAUGUACCUGUACUCGUCCGCGCGCGAAAUGCUGAUCAUGCAAAGCUGUUUCUUUUUGGCAGAUAUAGGUCUGUGCUAUAGUAAAACGACUCAACAUGAACGGUCGACUAUUUCUCUAAACGCGACGGAUCCGGUCGUUGAGGUCAAUUGGGAUGGAAGACGCUACAUCUGCAGAGAUUGAUCUAGAGCAGAAUGAAGAUGUCCAGGACGUACAGCCAGAAGCGCCGGACUACGCGACCUCGCAGCUCGUGCGACCGCUCUACAACUGGGAGAUCUCUAGAGACCACCUCGUAUUCGCUGACAUGUGUGGGCUCGACACGAGCAAGCGUCACGUUUUACACCUCUUAGAGCCUGUUAAUGCGGGGGUGCACGGCGGUGUACUACUGACAGCAGCGGGUAACACAGUCCAACUGCUUACUAUGAGUCCACAAGUCGCAGCCUCUGGCUCAAGUGUGCAGAGCCGACGUUAUGUAUUUGGCUUUGGCGGUAGCGGUAUUGGCAGUCUCGCGGUGCAUCCGUCUCGGAAGUUCUUCGCAGUGGGUGAAAAGGGAGUGAAGCCCAACAUCUCCAUCUAUCGCUACCCGGAACUAACGGUAUCUCAUGUAUUACGGAAUGGAACGGAACGCGCUUAUGCCAGCGUGGAAUUCAGCCAGGACGGCGAAACACUGGCAUCUGUGGGCAGUGGCCCCGAUUUCCUGUUAACAGUGUGGAAGUGGCGCGAGGAGCAGACGGUUCUUCGAUGCAAAGCAUUCGGACAAGACGUAUUUAGUGUUCGUUUUGCUCCGACGGACAGUGGAUUUCUCGCUACCAGUGGCGUCGGACACAUCCGCCUCUGGAAGAUGGCAGCCACUUUCACUGGUCUCAAACUACAGGGUGACAUUGGGAAGUUCGGCAAAAGUGAGCUCAGUGACAUCGAAGCUUUUUGCGUGCUCCCCGACAAAAAAGUAUUGAGUGGCACGGAACGCGGCGUACUUUUGCUAUGGGAUGGCAAUUUUAUCAAGUGUGAGAUCAUGACAUCCCGACGCCAUCUUCCCCAUGCCGGCACGAUUAAUGUUGUGGAUUUCGAUGAAGAUGAGGACCAUAUCGUGACAGCAGGAAAAGAUGGCUACGUGCGGUUUUGGAGCUUCGAUUCCAUUGACAGCGCGGAUGUCCCGGCUGAUGAGACUGUCGCUCUUGUCCCUAUGAAGCGUCAGGUGCUGGUGAUGCCUCAAAUGGAUAUUCGUGCUGUGGUGAAGCAAGACACAGGUCGGUAUCUUUUGCAGGAUGGCGUCGGUGGUGUGCAUUUACUGUUGCUUAUCAACAAUGAUGAGCAUCUCGUCGAGAUGGACUAUGUCCCCAACGACACGGGUCGUGCGACGGGGAUUGCGUGUUCACCUUACGAGCAUCUCGCAGCUACUUGUGGCGAAGAUGGCGGUGUUCGUGCGUGGGAUUAUGUUUCCGGCACUUGUCUGAUGGCUGUGUUUCCAGAGCUGCCAUGCAUCGAAGAUCAAGACAAUGGCGGUGAAUACACGGCACUGGGAGCCGCUACCACGAUUGCAUGGGUGCCAAAGAGUGCUGCGGUGAUUAAUGAUAUCUUACCAGCGAGCAGACAGGUAGCAGUGGGCUUUGAUGACGGUUUGGUGCGCAUCCUACUAAUGGACGUGGAUCAUCGUGCAUGGGUACUCGUCAACGUAUUCAAGCCACACAGCAAGCGUGUAACGUGCGUGGCGUAUUCACACUCGGGUUCUUCUUUUGUGUCGGCUAGUGCGGAUGGAACUUUCUUCCUCUUCCACGUCGUGCCCAAUAUCAAGUCAUCCAAAUUUGUUAAGUACCAGUCGGAGUACGAGCCUUACGGAUUCCAGCGCGUACCAGCAUCCGUGGUUGCUAUUUGCUGGCGUGAUGAUGACGAGGCAGUUCUUGUCACACUAGCAAACGGUCAAGUUUUAGAAUAUUUCGUGCCCGGUGAUCUGGACGGGAAUACUGGGGGAGACACUGAGAGAUCGGACACUACGACUACUGACGAGUCUAUGUUUCAGCAUGAAGCCUCUGCUGCAGAACGAGAAUCGUUUGAGCUCCAGUUAUCAUCUCGAGCUAGAAAUACUCGAGGCUCAAUACCCAAACAUUAG